GGCCUUGUACAAGGGCCUCAUCCACACGUGACAAGGAGGAAACCUUCGAGGGUCUGGAUGUAGAUGCUCCGAUGCAGUCUCCCUGUCACCAAGGGCCAUCCAGUGGAAACUUGACUUUCCCAAGAGAACAGGUGCAAAGUUCCGGGGCACAGACACAGCCAAGCACCCCGGUGGCUGAUUCCCUGCAACUUCAGCUGGACCAGCAUUUGGACCGUGGUGACAACAGAGCCAGGCUCAGCCUCUCCUCUGCCAUCGGGAGCCUGGGCACCAACAUGGGUUCUGGGGACCAACCGCCACUGCUCCGAGAACUGGCUUUGGAUGCUUCCAUGUGCAUGAAGAACCCUCCCAAGCCGGAGCGUGAUGCUGGUGAGGACUCGAGGGACAGACAGCAUGGCUGUCAAAUCCAUGGCCACAUGAAAGCCCUCCGUGUCAUGAAACAGAAGAUUCCCAAGAGAAUACUGCAGUUUGGCCAGUGGAGACUGGCAUGCAGAUUCCCUGGUCUUCAAGCUUAGGGCCCAGAGGCCCAUCAGAACACCCCUGGAAUCCAUGAGAGGCUCUACGCUUAUGGAAAGUUGGGGAAAGAAGGGAUGAGAAUCUAGAAAGCAAACAUGAAUCCUUCUCCAUGUGCGCUUUACACUUUGCUGAAGCUUAUACUUACUCAGACUAUUC